GUUACAUAGACAAGGAAGUAGAUACCCUUGCAUUACCCUUCACAACUCACACAGUCGCCAAACGCAUCCAUUUUAGUUGUUGGCUGUGAACUCUGGUUUUCUUCUGGUUCUCUCGUCUACCUCUUCAUCGCAAGAAUGGGCAGGAAAUUCUUCGUCGGAGGCAACUGGAAAUGCAAUGGGACAGGUGAGGAGGUGAAGAAGAUUGUUACUACACUUAAUGAAGCUGAAGUCCCUUCUGAAGAUGUUGUGGAGGUGGUUGUAAGCCCUCCAUUUGUGUUUCUUCCUUUGGUGAAAAGCUUAUUGCGCUCUGAUUUCCAUGUCUCGGCACAGAACUGUUGGGUUCGCAAAGGUGGUGCUUUUACUGGAGAGGUUAGUGCAGAGAUGCUUGUCAAUUUGGGCAUCCCCUGGGUCAUCCUUGGUCAUUCUGAAAGAAGAGCUCUUCUAAACGAGUCAAAUGAGUUUGUUGGAGAUAAAGUUGCAUAUGCACUCUCUCAAGGGUUAAAAGUGAUUGCUUGUGUUGGGGAGACUCUUGAGCAGCGAGAGUCGGGAUCCACAGUGGCUGUUGUUGCUGCACAAACAAAAGCAAUUGCAGAUAAGGUAUCGAAUUGGGAAAAUGUUGUUUUGGCUUAUGAGCCAGUUUGGGCAAUUGGAACUGGGAAGGUUGCAACCCCUGUUCAGGCGCAGGAAGUUCAUGUAGAAUUGAGGAAAUGGCUUCAUAACAAUGUGGGAGCUGAAGUCGCUGCAUCAACCAGGAUCAUCUAUGGAGGUUCUGUAAAUGGAGCAAAUUGCAAAGAAUUGGCAACGCAGCCAGAUCUGGAUGGAUUUUUGGUUGGUGGAGCUUCCCUUAAGCUGGAGUUCAUUGACAUCAUCAAGUCAGCCACAGUGAAGAAGAAUCAUUAGAAUUCAGUACCACAUGUUGGAAUGGCUGCUCUUCUUGAUUCCUCCUUCAAUGCUUAAUGGAAUAUUAUCUUGUAGUUGUGGUCUGUGUUUGGAGAUUUUAACCAGCAUAGUAUAAAGAAUAAUGAGUCAAGAUCUUUCUUUUUUCCCCGUGAGUUGAGGCAUGGAUCUCACUUCUUAUUUAUUGUAUGUUUUGAGUACUGGUUGAAAUGAAACCUAAUGGUGAUGUUUGAUUUUAGAAAAUAACAAGCAUGCAGUCAAUGUGGAAGACACUUGUACCA